GUGAGUGUAAGAAAAUCUUCCCUUCCCAUCCUCUCUUACCAGACUCAUUAUCAACAUCAGUACCUGUCUUCUGUUCUGGUCUCUCAAAAAGACUCUGACUUCUAUCUGUCCAUUGUUUGACCAUCAACACUAUGUGCUAAAAAUAAAUUCUUGAAUUCCUAAACCCAAGUUGCCCUUUCUCUUACAAGCCACAAAUGCAUCUACAAAACCAAUCUCUCACCACCCUCUUACCUCUCCCUUUCCUCUUUCUCCCAAAACCAACAAAGCCCCACCAAUUCACAACUUCAAAGCAGCAAGACCCAGUUUCCUAAUUCUCCUUGAAAUGUUCUCUUUCAACUGUAUCAGCUGAGCCAGCUACUCAUGUUGUUGGGUCCUCAAAUGAUAAGCCCUUUCCUGCUGAAGUUUCAAGAACCAUCAUGGAGUUAUCUUCAGUUGGCACUCUUUCUACUUCGACCCCUGAUGGUUGGCCAUUGAGUGUUGGUGUUAGGUAUGCUGUUGAUGAUGAUGGGACCCCUGUUUUGUGCCUGAGUGAUUCUUAUAGACCGUUUUCUGUUGAUAAAAGGUCUAGUCUUCAAGUUCAGCUAGAACAAUCUGGAAUGAGGACUCCUCAGUGCACCAUUCAAGGCAGCCUUGAUAAGCCAGAGGACACAAAGGUUUUAAAGGUGAAAAAAAAUCCUGUACUUGACUCUUCCGGUGCAGAGAGCCUGAGAAUGGUUUUUUUCUUGCAUUCAUGGAAGAUUGUAUUUUGAAUUUGAAAUGAAAAGGUUUGGAGUGGGGAUUGAAUCCAUAAUAAAAUUUGCCAACGUUUUACACUCACGCACACAAUACAACAGUCAACAAAA